AUGCCCAGGGAGGGGGACCUCGGCCCUUUACACCCCGGAGAUGUGACCAGACGGGGUCACAGGAGUCAAGUUUUCCCAUGCCCCCGGCAGUCCUCGGGGCUGUCACCCUCCGGAAGCUCAAGGCCACUCAGCACCUUUCCCCUUCGGCUGCUGGGCAGGGGACAGGUCAGCUACUCCGAGGCAGAAUGGAAGACACCCUGGGGUGCAGAAGCUGCCCUGGCCACGCUGGCAGAGGCCACCUCUGAGAGUCUGCUGCUGUCCACAUCGUGUAGCCCAGGACCUCGUCCGCCCUCCCCAGCCUGGGCACAGGUCCCCAGCGGGUGCUGGAGCAGCCGCGUGGGCCCCUCCGCCGCGCUCCUGCCACUCACUGUGACUCCGCCCCACCGAGGGCUGGCAGGCACCAGGCUCAGCCCGCAGUUCCUCCCAGCAUCCUCCGGCUCCGUGUCCCCUGCUCCGCCUCCUGGUGAGGCCCCUGUGUUUGCAGCACACACGGAAGGCCUUGCCCGGGAGCCGGUGCGGUGCUCAGCACACCUGCAUUCCCCCCACUUCCCGCCUCCCUCACUUGGUCCCCUUCCCUUUUUCAAAAGCUCUCAGUCUGAGGAGUAG